CUUGUGGUUAUUGUGACAGUUGCGAAGUAGCCUCCGUAGUGAAAAGUCAAAACAUUCUCAACCAAGUAGUUUUUUCACAUUUUCCGGGGUUUUAUCACACUUUUCCACCGCUAAAGUGCAUCCUCACGCAAAGGACUCUAGCCGGAUGCCAGCUGCAGAGCAAACAAUCAACGAUGUCUUCCGAUGCUUUAUCUGCAUGGAAAAGCUCCAGGAGGCACAUCUUUGUCCACAUUGCUCAAAGCUCUGCUGCUAUGUGUGCAUUUCACGCUGGCUGACGGAGCAGCGACGCCAAUGCCCCCACUGUCGGGCUCCCCUUCAUGUGAAUGAGUUAGUAAAUUGCCGGUGGUUUGAAGAAGUUGCCGUUCAAGUGGAGAAUCUCCAGCAGAUCUGCACGAAGAUCAAGGCAAACAGCUUGUGCAAGGACAACGAGCAGGAUCAGUGCCAGACGCACCAUGAGAAGCUCAGUGUAUACUGCUGGACGUGCAAGACGUGCAUUUGCCAUCAGUGCGCCCUUUUCGGUGGCACCCACUCGGGGCACACAUUUAAGCAGCUGGAGCUUGUCUAUGAGACACACAUUGCACAGGUGAAGGAGGAGGUGUCACAGCUGAAGAGUCGUCUCGUGGAAUUGGUGAACUUUGUGCGUGAUGUCGAUCUCAAUAUGGAAGUUGUGUGCUCGUCGAAGGAUGAGAAAGUCAAGGAGAUCCGCAAUGUGGUGGAAUCCAUGAUUGGUCGUUUGGAUCAGCAACUAAAGGGAAAACUGGUGACGUUGAUGCGGCAAAAGAGAUCCCUUACGCAGGAAACGGAGCAAUUAGAGCGUAUCCUGGAGGAGACGGAGCAUCAACUGAACACAUGCUCACGCUCGCAGCUCAUUAUGAAAUCCCCGGAAGUGCUGAAGAUUAUCCAUCAGGUUCGCAUUAAGCCCAUGUCCAGCUACGUAACUGCCCGUAUGUCGGCGGAUUUUACGAGUGAGAUGGUCCCAUCCUUUGACAAAUGUUCCUUCCUCCUUGAGAAUUUCUCAAGUAUGCAACAAAAGGGAGUUCCAGUGUACUCGAAUCCACUCAAAGUCAAUGGCCUGGCGUGGCGCUUGAAGGUUUAUCCUUUUGGGAAUGGCGUUGUUCGUGGGGAGUAUCUAAGUGUCUUCUUAGAGCUCACAACUGGUCAUCCGUUCAGCAAUAAAUAUGAAUAUCGCAUCCAGAUGUUUCAUCCAACAAGUGGCUCCAAACUCAUUUCGCGUGAAUUUGUGUCGGAUUUUGAAAUUGGCGAAUGUUGGGGCUAUAAUCGUUUCUUCCGCCUCGAUAUGCUGGCAUCCGAGGGCUACUGGAGCGCUACAAAUGAUAACCUUCAGCUGCGCUUUGAGGUUCGCCCAUCGACCUACUACCAACGCUGUCGCGAUCAAACGUGGUAUAUAAAUCAACUUCUUCAGCAGCAACAGCAGUAUUUAUUGCAAAUUAAUGAUCUCAAGGAUAAAUUAGAAAAGGAGAGGACAAAGAAGAAGACGGAUUUAUCUCAGAAUGUUGCUCAAAUUGAUUCAGCGUGUCGUGUUGUGUCGGCUGGCAAUGAUUUGUUGGAUUCUCUCUGUAGUGAAGUUAAUCUCUGCAGUGGUGGAAAGUCAAGUCAAGCCACAACGAGUGGAGGACAGAUUAAGGAAGACGGAGCUCAGGAGUCAGCAACAUCGCCAGAUUCAUCAAUGGACACCAACGAUAAAAUAUUUUCGGAGAUCCUGAAGUGUCUGAAUGGGGCUGAGAGUACAUCUCUCACUGCAUCCGGUUCAUCCAGUGUCAUCAAUCAGCAACCCAGUGCCAUUGACAGUGAAGUAAAAUCAUCAAGUACCGCAGCAUCGCCAACGAGAAAAGCCCCGCCAUUGCCCAUUUCUCUCUCAUCCCCGAGUCUCUUUGAGAGAACAUACUCAGUGAGUUCGGAGUCAGAAGAUGAACCUGCUUCCCUCAAUGAGGCAGCGGGUGAAGUGAAGGAAACGAAAAAAAUUCAAAUAAAUAUAUCGGAAGAUUCGAGUUCAAUUGAUGAGAAUGACGUGGAUGAGGAGCCCAUUUCGGGGGAGAAUGAUGUGGAAUAUGCAGAAUUUUCUAUGAAUGUCUUUGCACCUAUAUCCCAGGGAGCUGCUGCUGCCAAGGGAACAACCGUCAAUAGCUCAACACUAGAUGAUGAACUUAUACUCCUUUCACUCUUUGAUGAUUCAUCAUCAGGGAGAUCGCUCGAGAAUGGAUCAUCCACAAGUCAGUCGACAACAAGAACUUCAUACAGACAACCCAUUACAUCAGCCAGUGUUCUAGAGACACUUCUGGAGCCACCGAAGAUGAGUUCUGGCCCAUUGGUUAGCAAUUUAGCCAUGAAUAUUCAGUCAAAUGAUCCAGCUCUAAGUGAAUCAGAUGCCAUACGUCGUAUCCGUCGAACGCAUCACAAUUCCGGGGCGGGUCACUCCGGUGAUGGAGCACGCGGGGAUGAUUUCUAUUCAAAUGAUGCAAAAAUGAAAAAGUACAAUUUUCACCAACUUGUGCGUCGCAUUCGCAAUGGGGAUUUAACAAAUUACGAACCAGGAAAUGAUGGUGGAUCUCCUAAGGGAGGAAUUUCCACUGUGAAUGACCAUCGAGACACACCGGUUACCACCUUUCGGGGUUUACUGCGAAAGCUACCAAAUUGCUCAGACAGAGCUUAUCCGGUGGGAAGUGCCUCAGCAGCACGAUACUACAGCAGCAAGUUAAAUCCAAAGGGUGGGAAGUUGGUGGGGGAUUGUGGUAAAUCGGGUACAUCAUCAACUUCCAAUCGUUUCCCCGUUAAUGGUGAUGGUAAUUGCUUUGGGCGUGAAAAUGGUUUGGAGGACCUCAAGUCAUCAUUUGGAGCAUGUGGAGUACUUUCGUCUGGUGGUGGUGGUAGCAGCAGUGGUGGAGGAGGCACCUCAAUGGGUGAUACAAAAGUGCCAAAUAUGUCCUUUUCCGUGGAGUUCCUCUCACCACGUCCGAGUACGUCAACAUUUGCCGGGGCAAUUAAGCGUAAGCCAUCGAAUAAGCCACGAAAUUUACCGCAUGCCAUCAAAUAUCGUGAUGAUGCGUCCACGUCAUCCAGAACAAAUGGGAAUAGAAAUUGGAAUUCAACGGAUCUUCGGGAUAUUACUCCUGUGGAUAGGGAUCCAUUCUUUCAGGCCAUUGAUAGGCUCAACUUUGAGAUAGAAGACAACGACAUGAUGCCCUUGUCGCAAGCUCCUUCGCAGGAUAUCCCUCGUGGACAUGAGGAAGGAAGCCCACAUACUGCCACACUUCAGAAGCGUAGAAGGUCAGUGGACAGACCAAAUUCAUCUUAAAACAUAAAUCAAGGAAGUAAAUCGUUGGAAGAUGUCUUCACGACUUAAUUAUAAAUGUAACUCAUAAAAAAGAAAUAUUCAUAAAAGGAAAAAAAAAUGUAAGUUUAAAAAAUUCUUAAAUGAGAUUUGAACGGAUUUAUUGUAUAGUUUACUGUUUUUU